AUGCGCGGGCGCCACGUUGUCACACGCGUGUCGCCACCGAGUAUUUUUAGUGUGUAUGUAAAGUACGACACGUACACACACACACACACAGACACAAACACACACACAGGCCUCACGCACACCACGGCGCGCUAUCACACACGCCACGCAAGCCGGCGGCUAAAAAUACACCGCUCCAACUCAGCAGUUUGCGAUCCUCGACAUAGCAAUGAGACUGACACCAGCAACAACGUGGAGACCGAGGACCUGGAGUAUACAGAAACAAUAAGGUUCCUCUCACUUGGAAGAAAAACUUAA